AUGGAUUACCGGGUCAAUGCCCUCGUCACAGAGCACCUUGGGUUCCCGGCUACGGUGGUGAUAGACGAUGUGAUAAAUGCUGUCAAUGAAAUCAUGUACAAGUGUGUAGCAGCCAUGGAUACAUUUCUUCUGGAAAGAACAGAUAAGUUUGGUGCUGGCGACAAAAAAAUCAUCUCUGAAGAAAUUCAAAUUGGAACUGCAAAAUUGGAAACGUUGUUGGAAAGCAAUGUCGACAAAAACUUCGACAAAUUCGAGCUCUAUGCUCUAAGAAAUAUAUUCACUAUACCUCAGACCCUUGUGGAACAGGGAUACGUCAGACUCAAACAUCAUAGUGAUGUCGCCGUGGUGUCUGAUGACUCAGAGGCAGCAGCUGCAGACGAACGGAUCCAAAACCUCAUCAAAAAGAUCAACCAGGAACUAACUGUGCGCAAGAUCAUUCGCGUGCAAGUGGUCAAGGCUAAGAAAAUAAUAGCUCUACUUCGCAAGUUUCAAGCAUGUAUACUGGCCCUAGAAGCAGGACCCAACAACGACCUCUUGUCGCCUGAGGCCAAAACCGCCCUCAAAUCCAUAUCUCCGGUUGACCAGACGUUUCACUUUCUAAUAACUCAGGUGGAUGACUUGAUUCGACAAGCUCACCACCUCCACGAUUUGUUCUCCGGAGACAUUCAGCUGACAGAAUUCCCGCUCUCGUCUCGAGAUCGAUAUAUUCAGAUGAAGUCGUCCAAGCUCUUGGAGCGCGUGGGGCUCCCGAGCUCACCUGGCGACACCGCCCGAGCCAAAAUUGACAAUGCAAUUUCCAGCACCGACUUGGACAUCGUGAAUGCGAUACGAGAAAGCAUAGAAAAAUGA